AUGAAUGUGGUUCCGCCUACACCACCUGUACACCCUGCUGGAAACAUAGGUGCCAGCGGCUUGUUCGAGCGAUUUCAGCGCUUCCGACCUCCUACUUUUACAAGUAUUGACAGACCUAAGGAGGCCGAGUAUUGGCUUGACCGCAUCUCUAAGAUACUGAAGCCGCUACGCUGCACUGAGGUAGAGCAGGUUGAACCGGUCUAUUCAAUUUCAAACCCGUAUAAAACCCCCACCAAGUCCCUGCGAGCCCCUUCGCCCCGCUUCGCACACCCCUCCAUCUCUCUCUCUCUCUCUCUCUCUCUCUCUCUCUCUCUCAUGGCUUCUCUCCUUCUCUUCCUCACUCUUUCUCUUCUCUCUCUCCCCUCUCUCUCUUCUCCAAGCCCCAGCAAAACCCAUCUCUCCUUCCCUCUCUUUUCCAUCCCUCUCUCACCAUCUCCACUCAUCGCAUCCCUCUCUUCCAACACCCCCAAAACCCAAAUCCCCAGAAACCCAUCUCCAAUUUCCAAAAUCCCUCAAAACCCAUCUCCAAAUUCCAAAAUCCCCACCAUAUCCCGCUUCAAAUACACCAUGGCGCUCGUCCUAUCACUCCCCAUCGGCACUCCUCCUCAAUCCCAGCCUAUGGUCUUAGACACCGGCAGCCAGCUCUCCUGGAUCCAAUGCAAGCCCAAAAGACUUCCCAAAACGCCCUCCUUCGAUCCCUCUCUCUCUUCCACCUUCUCUCUCCUUCCCUGCAACACCCCUCUCUGCAAGCCUCGAAUUCCCGAUUUCUCCAUUCCCACCUCUUGCGAUUCCAACCGUCUCUGCCACUACUCCUACUUCUACGCAGACGGCACCCUCGCCGAGGGCAAUCUCGUCAAAGAAAAAAUCUCCCUCACAAAUUACCAAUCUACCCCUCCCAUCAUCCUCGGCUGCAGCCGUGACGCCAGCUCCGCCGAGGGCAUUUUGGGAAUGAACCUCGGCCGGCUCUCUUUCACCUCCCAGGCGAAGAUCCAAAAGUUCUCGUACUGCGUCCCGAGCCGCCGGAAUCUGACCCAGAGAUCGCCGCCGGUGGGGAGUUUCUUGAUCGGCGACAACCCGUACUCGGGCGGGUUCAAGUACGUGGACCUGAUGCGGUUCGGUGCGGGCACCGACAACCUUCCGUAUCUCGAUAAGUUGGCUUAUACGGUCGGGAUGGAAGGGAUACGGAUCGCCGGCAGGAGGUUGAACAUCUCCCGGGCGGUUUUCCGGCCUGAUUCCGGCGGGGCGGGUCAGACGAUGAUAGAUUCCGGCACGGAGUUCACGUUCUUAGUGGAGGAAGCGUACAAUAAGGUUAAACAGGAGGUGGUGAGGUUGGUGGGACCCACCAGGCUUAAGAGCGGGUACGCUUAUGCAGGGGCGCUGGAUGUGUGCGUGGAUGGAAACGUGGCGGUGAUCGAACGGUUGGUUGGGGAGAUGGUGCUUGAGAUGGAACGUGGGGUGGAGAUUGUGGUAGGAAAGGAGCAGAUGUGGGUCCCAGUCGGAGGUGGGGUCACGUGCCUGAGCGUGGGGAGUUCGCAGAUGCUGGGAGUCGAGAGUAACAUCAUCGGGAAUUUCCAUCAGCAGAACCUGUGGGUGGAGUUUGAUGUCUUGAAUCGGAAGGUGGGGUUUGGGAAGGCUGACUGUAGUAAGGUUGUGUAGUUUGGUGGGACCCACCUGGAGCGGAGAUCUUGGUUCGUUCAUCAGAUGGACCGACUCGUUUUCUGGACGUCCGGAGGUUUCCAUUGCCAGGAAGGAAGAUGUUUUCGGAUGGACGUAAAUGCCCCUAAAAAUGAAGGAAAUUGCGGGACGGCGGUUUGAUUUUCUUUAUUUUUGGGGGCAUUUUGGUCUUUUUACGCUAAUACAGGACUGUGUAUUCUUUUAUUAAUUAGUGGGACCCACUGGGCGAUGUAAGGUGACUUUGUAAGUAGCGUAUUCGGCUUGAGUACGAAUGUUUAUAAUCGUGAGGUGUUC